AUGGCAGCUUUACCUUCAGAUGUCCAGAAAGUGAUUGUUGGUGAGGAACAGCAGGAGUGGAUCUCCAGUCUGGACCAGGACGAGCCAGAGCCCCCACACAUUAAAGAGGAACAGGAGGAGCUCACCGUCAGUCAGGACCGAGAGCAGCUUCAAGGGCUGGAGGAGGCUGAUAUCACCAAGUUCACAUUCACUCCUGUCACUGUGAAGAGUGAAGAUGAUGAAGAGAAACCUCAGUUCUCACAGCUUAAUCAAAUACAAACUGUAGAGAUGAAGACAGAAGCUGAUGUAGAGGACUGUGGAGGACCAGAACCAGACAUUGACAGUUUGCAUUUGCAACCAGAUGAUGAUGACAAGAAUGGAGACUCGUCUGAACCUGAGACGGAUGACAGUGCUGAAUGGAAGGAGACCAGAGAAACUCAGUCAGAUUUAAACUCUAUUAAUAAUGAGGUCCCUGUCUUGAGUAGAAAUUUACAUAGACACAUGAGAAUACACACAGGAGAGAGACCAUUUAGCUGCUCAGUCUGUAAGAAAGCUUUUAGAGAAAGUGGACAUUUAAAGAAUCACAUGAGAAUCCACACCGGAGAGAGACCAUUUAGUUGCUCAGUCUGUCAGAAAGCUUUUACAGUAAGAGGAGGGUUAAAGAAACACAUGAGAAUUCACACAGGAGAGAGACCAUUUAGUUGCUCAGUCUGUAAGAAAGCUUUUACAGUGAGAGGAAGGUUAAAUACACACAUGAGACUACACACAGGAGAUAAACCGUUCAGCUGCUCAGUCUGUAAUGCAGUUUUUACACAAAGUGGACAUUUAAAGAAACACAUGGGAAUCCACACGGGAGAGAGACCCUUUAGCUGCUCAGUCUGUAAGAAAGCUUUUAGAGUGAGAGGAGUGUUAAAUACACACAUGAGAAUCCACACAGGAGAGAGAUCAUUUAGCUGCUCAAUCUGUAAUAAAGCUUUUAUAGAGAGAGCACGUUUAAAGGCACACAUGAGAAUCCACACAGGAGAGAAACCAUUUAGUUGCUCAAUCUGUAAGAAAGCUUUUACAGAUAGAGAGCAGUUAAAGAGACACAUGAGAAUCCACACUGGAGAGAAACCAUUUAGCUGCCCUUUCUGUGAGAAAACUUUUGCAUUGAGUGGACCUUUACAGCAACACAAGAGAACCCACACUGGAGAGAAACCAUUUAGCUGC